AUGUCGUCAAUGCGCAAUGCGGUGCAGCGGCGCAACCACCGGGAGCGCGCGCAGCCCCUGGAGCGGCAGAAAUGGGGGCUGCUCGAAAAGCACAAGGACUACUCGCUGCGGGCCAAAGACCACAACGACAAGCGCCGGCGGCUGAAGAUCCUGAAGGAGAAGGCCGCCGAGCGCAACCCGGACGAGUUCAGCUUCGGCAUGCUCUCCAGCGGCGUCAGCAAGAAGACGGGCACCAAGGUCGGCGACCGCGGCAACCGCGCCCUCUCUGACGACGUGGUCAAGCUGCUGAAGACGCAGGAUGUCGGCUACGUGCGCACCAUGCUGCAGAAGGUGCGCAAGGAGCGGGCGAAGGCGCAGGAGGGCUUCGUGCUGGAGGAUGAUGGCGAGGUCGAGGCGCUGACGGGGGGCGCGAGCUCGAAUGCUCGCCGUGGUGCCGGCCACACGGUGUUUGUCGAGGACAGGGAGGCGCAGCGCGCGUUCGCGCCCGCGGCGUUCUUCGGCGUCGAGGACGAAGAGGACCUAGAGCGGACGUGGAACCGGCCGCGGAAGCAAGCCUCUGCGUCAGACGAGAACGACGAGGACAUGGACGACGACAACGACAACGACGCCGACGGCUGGCAACUCGUGCAGAGCAAAAAGGCCAAGCAGCAGCACAGCAGCAACAACGACGACGCGGAGCUGCAACAGCGCCGCAAGGAACGCGCGCAGCGCAAGACGCGCGAAAAGGCGCACGAGGCGCGGCGGCUGCGGGUCGAGGCGCUGGCGCGCAAGGAGCAGGACCUGGCGGCCGCGGUCGAGGAGCUCGAGGCCCAGCGCGCGCGCAUGGGCAAUGCCGUUGGCGGCGUCAAUAAGAAUGGCGUCAAGUUCAAGGUGCGCGAGCGGAAGCGCUGA